AAAUCGGGGGGCGCGAGUCAUCCGGUGUUGCCGCGACACUCUUCGCCGGUUUAUACUGGAGCUGUACUUGCCGUACGCACCACUGCCGGGGGGCGGCGGGAUCCUCCCGGCGGUGAGCAGCGGGCCCGGUUCAGGAGGGUGUCGUCCGGUGCUGUUGGGUGGCGUCGAUCUGUCCAUGUCGGCGGCGGUGCAGCCGAUCGCCACGCUAUCGACGCUGCCGAGUAGCGGUCCGCCGCCGCACAACCCGCUCCACCAUACACCCGGGGGACUGGCGUUGCCGCCGUUGGGCUCGUCGGCGCCGGUGAUGAUGCCGCGGCCGCCGGCCACCGCCAUCCCAUCCCUGGGCCCGUCGUUGCCGCCUUCCCAUCAGGACGCCGCCGAUCUGGCCGAGGCUGCGCCCAACCAGGACGUCCUCUUGGCCCUUCUCGCCAGGAACAAGAACUUGGAAGAACGGAAGAUUGAAACACCAAGCUGUUUUCCGAUCAAGGAAGAAGAAC